CGGAGCGCCCGGCGAAGAUGGUGGCGCGCGCCGCGUGCAACCGCCGCCGUCCGCUGCAGGCUCGGUCCCGCGUUGCUGGCGUCCCUCUGCGCCGCCGCCGCCCGCCGGGCCCCUGAGCCCGCGCCCGGUGUCCGGCAUGCCUCGCGCCCGCAAGGGCGGCGCGCCCCGCAAGGGCGGCCCGCGCCGUGGAGGGGGCCAGGUGCCCUGUUCCACCUCCCCAGGUGCACGGAGCAGCACCCAGGCUCCUGCUGACUCAGGCUCCAGUGAGGAUGAGGCCGGGAGCGAGUCCCGUAGCAGCACCAGUGAAUGCCCCAGCCUUCUUAGCACCACGGCGGAGGGCAGCCUUGUGGGGGACAUCGUGGAUGAGCAGGGCCAGCAGGAGGAGCUUGAGGGGAAGUUGAAAGAGUACGUGGACUGCCUUGCAGAUAAGAGUGCCAAGACCCGGCAAGGUGCUCUUGAGAGCCUGCGCCUGGCCCUGGUGGCCCGCCUGCUCCCCGACUUCUUGCUGGAGCGCCGCUUCACGCUGGCUGAUGCCUUGGAAAAAUGCCUCAGGAAAGGGAAGGGCACGGAGCAGGCCCUGGCUGCUGCUCUGCUAGGCCUGCUCUGCGUGCAGCUGGGCCCUGGGCCCCAGGGCGAAGAGCUCUUCCACAGCAUGCAGCCCCUCCUGGUGUCUGUGCUCAGUGACACCACAGCCAGCCCUGCGGCCCGGCUCCACUGUGCUUCUGCUCUUGGCUUGGGCUGCUACGUGGCUGCUGCCGAUGUUCAGGACCUGGUCUCUUGCCUCACCUGCCUGGAAGGUGUUUUCAGCCAGGCCUAUGGAAUGGGUGGCUCCAGUGCUCCUGUGGUCCCUGCCAGCCUGCAUGGCCUGCUCUGUGCUGCCCUGCAGGCCUGGGCGUUGCUACUCACCGCUUGCCCCAGCACCCACAUCAGCCACAUCCUGGACAGGCAGCUGCCCCGGCUGCCCCAGCUCCUGGCCAGCGGAAGUGUGAACUUGCGGAUCGCUGCCGGCGAGACCAUUGCCCUGCUUUUUGAGCUUGCCAGGGACCUUGAGGAGGACUUCACCUAUGAGGACGCAGAGGCCCUCUGCAGCACCUUGCGCUCCCUGGCCACGGACAGUAACAAGUACCGGGCCAAGGCCGACCGCCGGCGCCAGCGUGCCACGUUCCGUGCGGUGCUGCACUUUGUUGAGGAUGGCGAGUGCGAGGAAGACACAGUCCGCUUUGGGCUGGAGGUGCUCUAUGUGGACAGCUGGGCUCGGCGCCGGGUCUAUGCUGCCUUCAAAGACGUGCUGGGCUCGGGCAUGCACCACCACCUCCAGAACAACGAGCUGCUCCGUGAUGUCUUUGGCUUGGGCCCUGUGCUGGUGCUAGAUGCCGCCACCCUGAAGGCCUGCAAGAUCGCACGUUGUGAGAAGCACCUGUACAAUGCUGCUGCCUCCAAGGCCCGGACCAAGGCUCGUGGCCGUGUGCGGGACAAGCGGGCAGACAUCCUGUGAGGCGGGGCUGCAGAAAGGAGAUGCCCACACCUUGCCCAUAUUUUUAACAGAAGACAGUGCAACAACUGGCUCCUGCCAGGAAUUGUCGCUUUAUUUUUUUAAUGACAAAGCUAAAAGCAGACACAGGGUGGGUAGCUGGAGGCCAGGCCCCUUGGGAUCCUGGUCCCUUGCCCCCACACGCCACCCUGUGGCCUCUUCCUGGCCUGUCUCAGGCUGGGCCAGCUGUGUGCCUGUCCCAGGGCUGUGGGGCGGCAGUCGGAGGGUGUCCCUUCCUCUCUCCAGCUUUGCUCCCCUGGGGUGACCCAUGACCUUGGGGGUAUGGCAUCUGGACAAAGGCCACCACAACAGGAGAGGAGGCGAGGCUACUUAGAAUGGGAGUCUGUGCUGAUUUGUAAAGAUUAUUGAAGAUAAUUAAAUGGAAUUCUCAGCC